UUCGAUAAGCAACGGAAGUUCAAGACCGCCAUUGACCACAACGCGUGUGAUUCGAACAAGGAACAAGGGCAGUAAUCUUCGUCUAACUACUGUUGGAAACGCUGUGGAAGAAUGGCGUACCGAGGCCAAGGACAGAAGAUUCAGAAGGUUAUGGUUCAGCCCAUUAACUUAAUCUUCCGAUAUCUCCAAAAUCGCUCAAGGAUCCAGGUGUGGUUGUAUGAGCAGGUCAACAUCAGAAUAGAGGGCUGUAUCAUUGGUUUUGAUGAGUACAUGAACUUGGUUCUUGAGGAUUCUGAGGAGGUCCAUAUGAAGACAAGGAACAGAAAGCCACUGGGAAGGAUCAUGUUGAAAGGAGAUAACAUUACCUUGCUGCAGAGUGUGUCCAAGUGACAUCAGCAAACCCCAACCAUUCAUGAUGAAUAACCAAUGUUUUUGUUUAGUUUGUUUUAAACCUUUAUUGUGACAUGUUAAUGGGAAUUGCCCAUUUCUACCACAAAUGUUCAUUUUGAAAAUAAAGUUUUUCUUUGUCAUAA